UCCUCUUUGUUCUUCUUCUUGACAUAUCCAACUUUCUUCUCUCUUCCUUGGUUAAAAAAAAAAAAAACUUUCUUCUCUCUUGAAAAUCCAAAAUACUAGUAAUAGUAAUCGAAUCAGUGAAUUCCAAUUUCCUUUCUAGAUUUUGGGUCCCCCAAAUUCCACAUUUGUCAUCAGAUUCUGAAAAUACCCCAACUUAUUAAUUCUGUAGUUGUUUCAGGUUUUUGAUUGAAUUUGUUGCAGAAAGGAAACCCUAAUUGAGAGUGGGCGGGUGGGGAUUUCACCAAGAGAUUAUCAAUUGGGGAUUAUAUGGAUGAUAAGAGAUAAGAACACCCAGCCGUUUUUCCUGCUGCUGUAAUGGAUUCUGAAGGAAAGAAGUUUGGAAGAGGACCGAGGGAGCUUACUGGGGCUGUAGAUCUUAUAAAUCACUACAAAUUGUGGGCACACCAUGAUUUCUUUUGCAAGAGAUCACUUCCUUUGUCAAUCUCGGACACCCACUAUCUUCACAGCGUAGUUGGAGAUACAGAAAUUAGGAAAGGAGAGGGGAUGGAGUUGGACCAGCUCUGCCAGACCACAUCAUACACAAGAGAGACAAAAGCUCGGAUACAGCCCUUUGAUAUGGAUAUACUCAAGCAAGCGUUUCUUCUGAAGGAAACAACUCCCAUUGAUCUUCCUUCAGAAGAGAAAGGGAUCCCUACCAUUGCAGGAAAAUCAAAAAGUGAGUCUAAAGACAAGGAUAGGAAGCACAAAAAGCACAAGGACCGGGAUAAGGACAAAGAGCACAAGAAACACAAACAUCGUCACAAGGACAAGGACCGAAGUAAAGACAAAGACAAGGAAAAGAAGAAAGAUAGAAGUGGGCAUCAUGAUAAGAAGAGGAAGCAUGAUGGCGGAGAGGAUACUGGUGAUUCCCACAAACACAAGAAGAGCAAGCAUAAAAGCUCAAAAACCAGUGAAAUGGUCGGAAUUAAAGUCGGCAGCUGAUUAGAUAUAAGUGUCUUCAUUUUUGAUGCCAUGGUGUACAAAUGAGAGGAGGGGUUCAUUUCAUUCACUACACUUCUUACACUUGUAUCCAGAUCUCUGCCUUGAUUCUUCUUAAGGCCAGCCAGUUAAAGAGCUAGAAGUCCCAGAUACAAAGAUUUUGCAGAUUUCUUUUUAUUGUUUCAGAGAUGUCUUCAAGAUUAGGAGUCAGGUGGUCGCAGUACCAGGAAGAUAAUAAUUUUUCCGGCUGCAGUUAUCAGCGCCGUCAUCGAAUUUCAAAAGUUAACACACGUGAACUGUGAUUAAGAAGAGCAUAUUAGUUGUAACUUUUUUCAGAGCUUCAUGGAACUAGCAUUAGUCUUAUAGUACUAAAGGAUAUAAGCGUCCAAUAAGUUUUAAAUACAUCAUGUAUCUCUUUACAUCUUAGUCCCAUGCUAAUGUGAGGUGGGAAUUUUGGCAUGUCUCCUGAUAUACUAAAUACUCCAUUUUUGGUGCAUCUUGGUUGUUACUUUGGCA